AUGCGAGAAGUUGUGACGGUAUUCGGCAAUGCACUCGGUAAGACGACAGCUCCAAUGAGACACAGGCGGAAAGCCCAUGAGACGGACACGGCUAGUGAAGUCGGGAAUGGACGAAAGAUGCUUCAGCGCGAAAAACCGGACCCAGAAAAUUACCUGCUUUUCAGCCAAUCAAAGGAAAAAUUGGAAAUCCAGCAUGCCAUAAAAACCAACACUCUGAGCCAGUAUCCAGCCUUUCCUUUGCCCCGGUCAAACUGA